CUCCUUCAAGCCCUCAGUCAGUUGUACAGGAGAAAGGGGGCGGUCGGCUUUCUCCUUUCAAGAACGAGUUAUUUUCAGCUGCUGACUGGAGACGGGUGCACGUCUGGAUACGAGAGCAUUUCCACUAUGGGACUGGAUACAGACACAUACCCGGCAGACCUAAAGAGUCUCAAACUGAAACUGAAGAGAAAGCCUUUCCUGUUGCUGCUACUGCUGCCGCUGCUGCUUUUCAGGGUCCACUCCUUUCAUGAUUUUUCCUGCCAAACCAGAGGCACCUUCGCUGCUGCCGCCGUUCUCUUUGGUGCCAUUCAGCGGCUGGCCAGAGGAUGAGACUCCCCAAACUCCUCACUAUCUUGCUUUGGUACCUGGUUUGGCUGGACUUGGAAUUCAUCUGCACUGUAUUGGGUGCCCCUGAGUUGGGCCAGAGACCCCAGGGGACCAGACCAGGAUUGGCCAAAGCAGAGGCCAAGGAGAGGCCCCCCCUGGCCCGGAACAUCUUCAGGCCAGGAGGUCACAGCUAUGCUGGGGGGGGCAUCAAUGCUAGGGCAAAGGGGAGCAAUGGGCAAACAGGAGGCGUGACACAGCCCAAGAAGGAUGAACCCAAAAAGCUGCCCCCCAAAUUGGGUGGACCUGAACCCAAGCCAGGACACCCUCCCCAGACAAGGCAGACUGCAGCACGGACUGUGACCCCAAAAGGACAGCUUCCUGGGGGCAAGACACUCCCAAAGGCAGGAUCUGUCCCCAACCCCUUCCUGCUGAAGAAGGCCAGAGAGCCUGGGCCCCCUCGAGAGUCCAAGGAGCCGUUCCGCCCACCCCCCAUCACGCCCCACGAGUACAUGCUCUCGCUGUACAGGACGCUGUCCGAUGCUGACAGAAAGGGAGGCAACAGCAGCGUGAAGUUGGAGGCUGGCCUGGCCAACACCAUCACCAGCUUUAUUGACAAAGGGCAAGAUGACCGAGGUCCUGUGGUCAGGAAGCAGAGGUACGUGUUUGACAUUACUGCUCUGGAGAAGGACGGGCUGCUGGGAGCUGAGCUGCGGAUCCUGCGGAAGAAGCCCUCGGACACAGCCAAGCCAGUGGCCCCCGGCGGCGGGCGGGCUGCCCAGCUGAAGCUGUCCAGUUGCCCCAGCGGCCGGCAGCCGGCAGCCUUGCUGGAUGUGCGCUCCGUGCCAGGCCUGGGUGGAUCUGGCUGGGAGGUGUUCGACAUCUGGAAGCUCUUCCGAAACUUUAAGAACUCGGCCCAGCUGUGCCUGGAGCUGGAAGCCUGGGAACGGGGCCGGGCCGUGGACCUCCGUGGCUUGGGCUUUGACCGCGCUGCCCGACAGGUCCAUGAAAAAGCCCUAUUCCUGGUCUUUGGCCGCACCAAGAAACGGGACCUUUUCUUUAAUGAGAUUAAGGCCCGCUCUGGCCAGGAUGACAAGACUGUGUACGAAUACCUAUUCAGCCAGCGACGAAAACGGCGGGCUCCGCUGGCCACUCGCCAGGGCAAGAGACCCAGUAAGAACCCCAAAGCCCGCUGCAGUCGGAAGGCACUGCACGUCAACUUCAAGGACAUGGGCUGGGAUGACUGGAUCAUUGCACCUCUUGAGUACGAGGCCUUCCACUGUGAGGGGCUAUGUGAAUUCCCUUUGCGCUCCCACCUAGAGCCCACGAACCAUGCGGUCAUCCAGACCCUUAUGAACUCCAUGGACCCCGAGUCCACGCCACCCACCUGCUGUGUGCCCACUCGACUGAGUCCCAUCAGCAUUCUCUUCAUUGACUCUGCCAACAAUGUGGUCUAUAAGCAGUAUGAGGACAUGGUUGUGGAGUCUUGUGGCUGCAGGUAGCAGCACUGAUCCUCUCACUUCCUAGGAUUAGCCACAUCCCCUCCUCACGCUCCUGGAAUUGCAGAGGGGUCAGGAAGUUGCAGCUAGGAGCGUCUGCACAGCCUGAAUGAAAGAGAUCCCACCAGCUUUACUCACUGUGUGACUUGGGCUAAAGGUUCCUUUGUAGCCACAAGGCCCCUGCCUGAGCAUUUCUGCCCCUCUGCUGCUCUGCCUGCCAGGGAGACAGACUGAGUGAGACUGAGACCUAGGAGAUGGUGCUUUCCAAUGAGACUCAGCCCGUGAUCUCUGCUUUUGAUGGGCCUCCUUGGUCUCUGGGCCAUCCAGGGAGAGCUGGUGCUAUCCCAAGUUCCUCUUGGGAGAGCCACAGGUGCCACCUUCUCCAUGAAUCACCUUUGUGACAGGUGACAUCCUGCCAUCUGGAGCAGAUGAGAUGCUGAUGGGGCAGGGGUGGGAGAGAGUGGGGGAGAGAGCUUAGGCAGGGGUGAGGCAUGUGAGGCAGUUAGACUGUUAGAUUAAAAUGUACAUUGAUGAGAUAAAAAGCAAAACUCUGCCUAAAA